CUGGAGGAGGUAUGCAGACAGUCUCACAUGGUUACAGAAAUACUGAGUGCUGCAGAAUACUCAAAUGAAGCUAUAGAGUAUGGAGCUGUGGACCCUGCAUGCCUGUUGGAACAAAUUGAGCUUCAAAUCGCAAGGGCAAAAGAGGAAGCUCUAAGCAAGAAAGAAAUACUAGAAAAGAUUGAAAAGUGGUUGGCUGCUUGUCAAGAAGAAUCCUGGCUAGAGGAGUACAAUAGGGAUGAUAAUCGCUAUACAGCAGGAAGAGGUGCUCAUAUUACUUUGAAACGUGCAGAGGUGCUCAUAAUACUGUAUUGUGUUCCAAUACAGGGCACCAGUGAAUGA